AGGGCGGAGAGCUGCGGCCCGUGGCUGGACGUGCCAGUCACCUCCGGGGAAGUACCGGGAGUCCGGCCUGUCCCACUUCCUCCUGCCGCUCCCUUUAACGUGCAGCGGGGAGGGCAGAGCCCGGGGCCGCGGGGAGAGUCCGGCCGGAGGUCGCACUGGGCAUGCUCAGCGGCGGAGCGCGCUUAGGCCGGGCCUGGGAAAGCCGGCGGCUGAGGUGCGCGCCUGGGAGGGGGGAACCGACGCCAACCCGCUGCUGCUCCCGCCGCCGUGUGUCGGCCCCGCACCGCGGGGAAGCGCGGCGUCCACACCCGCCCGGAAGGUUGGGCGCGCGGGAAGUUUGCGGAGAGCCCGGCGGCGGUCCCGGGAGCGGAGUCCGGCUUUUCCUCGGAGCGACAGUGUGUCCAGGUCGCGGAUCCCAAAUGCACCGGCUGGUCUUCGUCUACACCCUGAUCUGCGCCGACUUUUGCGGCUGUCGGGACGCUUCUGCAGCCCCGCAGGGCACAUCCACCAAAGCUUUGCGCCACGCCAACCUCCGGCGCGACGACUUGUACCGAAGAGAUGAGACCAUCCAGGUGACAGGAAACGGCUACGUGCAGAGCCCUCGAUUCCCCAGCAGCUACCCCAGGAAUCUGCUCCUGACAUGGCGGCUUCACUCUCAAGAGAAUACAAGGAUACAGCUAGUGUUUGACCAUCGGUUUGGAUUAGAGGAAGCAGAAAAUGGUAUCUGUAGGUAUGAUUUCGUGGAAGUGGAAGACAUAUCUGAAACCAGUACCAUUAUUCGAGGACGAUGGUGUGGGCACAAGGAAGUUCCUCCAAGGCUAAAAUCAAGAACGAACCAAAUUAAAAUCACAUUCAAGUCCGAUGACUACUUUGUGGCUAAACCUGGAUUCAAGAUUUAUUAUUCUUUGGUGGAAGAUUUCCAACCCGCAGCAGCUUCAGAGACCAACUGGGAAUCAGUCACAAGCUCUAUUUCAGGGGUCUCCUAUCACUCUCCAUCAGUAACGGAUCCCACUCUCACCGCGGACGCUCUGGACAAAAAAAUUGCAGAAUUUGAUACUGUGGAAGAUCUGCUCAAGUACUUCAAUCCAGAGUCAUGGCAAGAAGAUCUUGAGAGUGUGUAUUUGGACACCCCUCACUAUCGAGGAAGGUCAUAUCAUGAGCGGAGGUCAAAAGUUAACCUGGACAGGCUCAAUGACGAUGUCAAGCGUUACAGCUGCACCCCCAGGAAUUACUCGGUCAAUAUAAGAGAAGAGCUGAAGCUGACCAAUGUGCUCUUCUUUCCACGUUGCCUCCUCGUGCAGCGCUGUGGAGGAAACUGUGGCUGUGGAGCUGCCAACGGGAGGUCCUGUACGUGCAGUUCAGGGAAAAGUGUGAAAAAGUAUCACGAGGUACUGCAGUUUGAGCCUGGCCACAUCAAGAGGAGGGGCAGAGCUAAGACCAUGGCUCUGGUUGACAUCCAGCUGGAUCACCAUGAACGAUGCGACUGUAUCUGCAGCUCAAGACCACCCCGAUAAGCGAAUGUGCACAUCCUUGCAUUAAGCAUGAAAGAACCUUUAGCUUAAGGAGGGUGUGAUAAGAGACGCUUUGCCUGCCAGCAACCAAACUUACUACUAGCCUGCAAUGUAAUGAACACAGGUGGUUGCUGAGUCUCAGCCUUGCUCCAUUAGUGCCAUGGCAAGUAGAAAGGUAUAUCAUCAACUUCUAUAUCUAAGAAUAUAGGAUUGCAUUUAAUAAUAGUGUUUGAGGUUCUACACACACCCACGCACACACAGAAAUAUACUCAUGUCUAUGUGUAAAUAGAGCAAAUGGUUUAUUCGGCAUAUGUAACCAGGUACACCAGAGCUUACAUACGUUUGAGUCAGACUCAAAAUCCUUUGACAAAAUAAGGGAUGGGCAAAUAUAUGAAACAUGUCUUUAGAAAAUUUAGCAGAUAAGUUUAUUUUUAAAUUUCAAAACACAAGACAAUUUUGAAUCUUGCUCUCUUAAAGAAAGUAUCUUGUACAUUAAAAAACAAAAGAUGAGCCUUUCUUACAUAUACAUCUUAGUUGAUUAUUAAAAAAGGGAAAAUAUGGUUUUUGGAGAAAAGGUCAAUACAUGAGCAUUUUUUCCAUGAGACACACGACGUAAUUACCUAUGUAGACCAUAAUAACCUGGCUCCGAAACCAUGUCAUCAUAAUGUAAGUGCUUUAGAAAUUAAAUCAUUGUGUUUUUAUGCAUUUCACUGAGGUAUGUUUAUUUAGUUAACACCUAUCUCAAAAAAUUACUUAGACGCUUUCUUAUUAUAAUCCUACAAGAGACAACGUAUAAGCUCUAACAGAAUUUUGAAUUGUUUUUCUUUGCAAAAUUUCUUCACAAAAGCAAAUCCUUUCAAGAAUGCAUGGGAAUUCAGUAUGAACCUUUCCAGAUGGAGUUCAUUGAAAGAUGCGGGUAGCUGAGAACUUACAAAGUGAACGUGAAACAUUGACACAACUGGAAAUUAGUUGGGAUAUUUGGUAGAAUCCAUAUCUAAUAAUGGAUUCAAUUCUCCAAACUAUGCCAAUUAAUUUAAUGUAUCUUGCUUUUGUGUUCCUGUCUUUUUGAAAUAUAGACAUGGAUUUAUAGUGGCAUUUUAUGUUUGGCAAGCCAUCAUAGAUUAUUUAUAACCUAAAAGCUUUUGUGUAUCAAUAAAAAAAUCACAUUUUAUUAAUGUAAAUUUCUAAUCAUGUACUGGCUCACUGUUCUGAUUUCCUGUUUCUGAACCAAGUAAAAUCAGUCCUAGGCCUCUGGUUCUUAGUCUAUGGAGCUUGCUUUAAGAAGCCAGUUGUCCAUUGUGGUAACACAAAUUUGGCCCUGCGCUCCUACUGUUUAACAUUGGUUAAUGACACCUACAGUCAUUUUUCCUCCCUGCCUCCUUUUGUGUCUAUUUUAAAGGAGACCGGCUCCAGGAGUAGGACAUGAUUCAUCAUUUUCCAAAGCAAGACGCUUACUUAAGAGAGCAACAUGGAAAUUCAGAUAGCUCAGGGACUGCUAACAGAGAACUACAUUUUUCUUAUUGCCUUGAAGGUUAAAAAAAAAAAAAAAAAAGCAGACUUUUUCAGUGAGUCUGUGGUCCCACUGGCUACAACCAGUGGGCGACAGGGCUGGUGAAGUUCCAGUGUCAGAUGAGUGACCUAAAUAUAUUUAGAUUUCUAAGUAUGGUGCUCUCAGGUCCAAGUUCAACUAUUCUUUAGCAGCUCAAUUCUUCUCAGUUCUUUGAGAUGAAAGACCUGUGCUUAUUGAAGAUGUACCUUCUAAAACUUUCCUAAAAGAGUCUGAUGUUUUUACUCAAGGGGCAAGUGGUAAAAUUAAAUACUCUAUUGUUCAAUUCUCCAGAAUCCCAGAACACAAUCAGAAAUAGCUCAGGCAGACACUAAUAAUCAAGAGUGCUCUUCCUCUCUAUUGCCGCUUGGCAAGUUUUUCCUGUGAAAACAUCAGCUUCCUGUACCAAAGUCAGAAUGAACGUUACAUCACUCUAGCUUCAACAGCUCACAUUGCAGCUGUAAAUAUAAAAAAUUAGAGUGUGUUCUACCCAAUUUUCAAUAAACCUUCCAGGCUGCGAUAACCGGCGAGGUUUUCAGUUAAAGCCCUAUCUGCACUUUUGAUUUAUUAGCUGAAAUGUAAGCAGGCAUAUUCACUCACCGUUUUGCCUUUCCUAAGCAUUUUAUUAAAACGUAUACCUCGGUUACCUGUUAUCUAUUGCACUUCUAACAUGUAGCCAAUAAAUCUAUUUGAUAGCCACCAAGGGAAUAAAAAGCUCACCGUACAAAUUACAUCUCAAAACAAACCCUAAUAAACCUGCGUUUCCACACGGCUCGCUCACCUGGAAUAAUGCUUUUUAUUCCAUGCAUUCUUAUAGGGCCAAGCGCUCUCCUAAGACGAGUUUUCUUACAUUUGUGUCAUAUUGGUAACAUGCAGCUUUUUCCCCGCAGAGCGUUUUCUGUAGCAAAUGUACUAUCUUCAUGAAACAUGAAUAUUGCUCUAGA